AUGGAUUUCGCUUAUUUUCCAAGCAUAACUAAUUCGACAGAUAAUAUAAAGGUAGAGAAAAAUUUGCUAGGAUACUAUAUUACCGCAAUUGCAAUAUUUUUAAUGGCAAACUUAGCUUUAUGUCUGUAUGUUCAAAAAUUGUAUAAUUCGAAGCGGGAAAAGACGUUACCGAUCGUCACACAUCUCUACAAAACAGGCCAAAAUUCUUCUUAUCUAGUCAUCUACAUAUCAAUCUCAAUACUCAGCUAUCUAGUAGGAAUGGUGUGGAAUAUAUUUGAUAUGGAUCAGGAUCACAAUCACUCUACACUAAAUCUGAUGGCUAUCUGUAAUUUCCUUGUAAUUGUAGCUGCGCUCCUGUUCCUCACCGCUUUUAGAGGCGCAUUUGAUUUUCUUGUUGUUUUAUCAAGUAUCCAAAUUAGCCUACUUUACUUUUUUCCGGCGAUUGAAGGAACACUAACGAAAAUUCAGAACUUGGUUAUCCGCUUCAUUCUUAUAAUAUACUUUUUGUGUGGUUUCAUGGGGAUGACAAGAAUAGCUUUAACGUACGGUAAAGAUGUGCUGAGGGGCUUACCAGACGGCACAAGUUUAGUCAAGAUUCGAGAUGUUGUCUAUAUGGAAACUUUUGUACUCAACGGGAUUUUUCUCUUUUCAUCGAUAAUUAAUUUCUUGGGCAUCAUCGGAGAACAUCCUAAGUUGCAGAAGUACAUGUUCUGUCAGUCAUUUCUUGUAUUUAUCGAGAAAACGAUAAGCUCCAUUUAUAUCACUGACGAUUACUGGGAUUUUACCUUUCUCUUCAUAGUCGAUCUUUUCACAUUACCAUUGAUUAUUCAAUUAUCAUAUUUGAUAACUUUUGGGAAUUUGAGUGUUCUGAGGAAACUGAAAAGUUUGAAAAUCAAAUGUGGAACUCGAGUUCAUCCGGAAACUGUUGUGCAAUGA